AUGUAUCCUUUGGAGAUUGAAGCAGCAAACUAUUUUCUGGAAUCAAGAAGUAGUUUUAUCAGCAUCUGUAUGAGACAGAAUAGCUGGAUACCUGGGCUGACGGAUGUGACACUCAAUGCUCACAGCUUUAUCAAUAAGGCUCAACCUCGUAUCCCUGAAGUUCAUCUUCCUGAGGAGCCAUUUCUACAGUUUGCUUCGGCAUUGACAAUUGAGAUCAACAGGGCUUUGGCAAUAUUGCACAGUAUUGCAUCUGGAAGAGAUUUAAAGAAGUUUCUCAUGGUUAUAGCAGCCUUGUGGGUCUUGUCUAUUGUGGGGAGUUGGUGCAACUUCUUAACCCUGUUUUAUAUAUCAUUUGUUUUGCUGCACACGGUGCCUGUUCUUUAUGAGAAGUUUGAAGACAAGAUUGACCCCUUAGCUGAGAAGGCAACGACCGAGAUUAAGAAACAGUAUGCAGUUUUUGAUGGGAAGGUUCUGAGUAAGAUCCCAAAAGGUCCAUUGAAAGCCAAGCGAGUUUAGACGGUCAUAUUAUUUAACUGUUAUGU